CCUACUGCCCAUAGAUAAGCAUAUUCGGUAGCAUAGAAACAUGCAUGAGAACUGGUGACUGGCCAUCCACAUGCACUAAUACACAAAUGAUUUCUACUUUGCUUAACAGAAAAACAGUGAAUAUAAAGUAGUAUUAGACAGCUUUUCACUUUAUCCAGAACUGGGAAAGAAACUCAAGGCUUAAAAAUAAAAAUCUCCCUGUUUAUUGCUUUAGAGUUUAUUCAAAUUGUUAUAUACCAUGAGCCCUUGCUUGGUAGCUUUUUGGCCAAUAGGAUUUCAGUAUGCAAUGCACUGAUAUAAACAACUAGAUUGGCUUACCUACUUCUGAUGUCACAAUUUCCCCAUUGGGAAGUCAUAAUUUUCUUGAAAUCACAUUGUGGUAAUAAGAACUCUUGUUAUUCUGUUUCAUUAUAAGAAAGAUAAUCUACCAAAAGUAAAAAUGCUGGAAGGAGCAGCAUACCUUUGAUCGACGCAGACCUUUUUCCAUUUCUGCGCUUUAAUAUCUGCUGCCAACAAUUGGAGUUAGCUUCUUUGUUUUACAGUUGUUUUGUUUUUUGUCAGUUAAUAGGCAAAUGGAGGAAUGAGCCUGCUUCAAAUUACUCCUUCAGCUCCUAGUUCUGUGUCAUCACGACUGUUGAGGCUUAGCAUCUUUCUACUACUUAGCCUUCCUGACUCUAAAGGAAAAGCCAUUUGGACAGCCCACCUGAAUAUAACCUUUCAGGUGGGAAAUCGGAUUAUAUCAGAAUUAGGAGAGAGUGGAGUGUUCGGCAAUCAUUCUCCUUUGGAAAGGGUGUCUGGUGCGGUGGUACUUCCUGAAGGAUGGAAUCAGAAUGCUUGUAAUCCUAUGACCAACUUCAGCAGACCUGAACAGGCAGACUCUUGGUUGGCCCUCAUUGAACGGGGAGGCUGUACUUUUACACAUAAAAUCAAUGUGGCAGCAGAGAAGGGAGCAAAUGGGGUGAUCAUCUAUAACUAUCCAGGUACGGGCAACAAGGUGUUUCCCAUGUCUCACCAGGGAACAGAAAAUAUAGUCGCGGUGAUGAUAGGCAACUUGAAAGGCAUGGAGCUUUUGCACUUGAUUCAGAAGGGAGUCUAUGUGACGAUCAUCAUCGAAGUGGGGAGAAUGCACAUGCCAUGGCUGAGCCAUUAUGUUAUGUCUCUGUUCACCUUCCUGGCUGCCACAGUUGCCUACCUUUUCUUGUACUGUUCAUGGAGACCUAGAGUGCCCAGUGCUUCCACCAGGAGGAGAAGACGGAUAAAAGCAGAUGUGAAGAAAGCUAUUAGUCAGCUUCAACUGCGAGUGCUCAAGGAAGGGGAUAAGGAAUUAGAUCCAAAUGAAGACAGUUGUGUUGUUUGCUUUGACAUAUACAAACCCCAAGACGUAGUACGUAUUUUAACUUGCAAACAUUUUUUCCAUAAGGCAUGCAUUGAUCCCUGGCUUUUAGCCCAUAGGACAUGCCCCAUCUGCAAGUGUGACAUUCUGAAAACUUAAACCUGGAGAAUCUUCUGAAGAUAUAACCAAGUCUUUCCAAAUAUUAAAAAUAAAUGAGUUCUCUUAGCACUUUUUGUAGAGAAAAAGCUCAACUUCAUCUUCUCUACCUAAGUACUAAAGGAUGAAAUUUGUGUUUUUAAAAUAAAACUCCAUAUCA